GCUUUCCAGCUUUAGACCCACACAGUGUUUGAAGCUUAAUCACGACGUGGCGCUGUAUGUGCAGAGGACAUUCUUUUCGGUGUGAUCACUGAUUUUUAUACCGGGGGAAAUAAAAGAUUUACGAAAGCAGUGGAUGGUUAUUGAAUGUUGACAGAGCGAAUUAAAUUCUACUCAACAAAUUCAAGGUAUUAUCCGAUUUGAUUAUGGCUAAUCUUCUACUAAGUCCCACGGCGUCCCCUAAGUUGAAGAACAGGGAAAUGGCGAGGAAAAUUAGAGAAGGUUCUCCUCAGUUGCAGGAAGUACUGAGGCAGAGAUGCAGAGACCGAAUGCGACAAAAACGGGGACAGCUAUUCAAUAGGUGUAGAUCUGGCCUUGGUGAAAACGAAUACGUCCAAGAAGUGUUGACAGAAAUUGUCAGAGAGGAAAUGAAGGAUCUUGCUGCGUCAGAGUGGAGUGGUUCUACUUCACCCACAGACCUAUUAGAUCCAGAUCAAGCUGUUGCUAUAGAAGAUGAAAUGCUUGCGGAGCAAGAACUGUGGAUAAUGGAAGAAUAUGAGCGUCUAGCCCAAAAUGAGGAAGAAUUGUUAGCUCUGUUUGCAGAGGAAGGAAUGAGUGAUGGAGUCAUCUGUCCAAUUUGCCAAAAGACUGUUUUAUCAGAGUAUCUGGACUAUAUAAUUUGCAAUUUCUGUGGCUUAUCUCUACCCUCAGUUGUCAGCAUUACUGAUCUAGGAAGAAUUAUAAAUGACAAUGUACAAUCUCAUGCAGAAACUUGCCGCGAAGUUCCAAGCUUUACGGUAACACAAGAAAAUAAUAAUAACUCUCUUUAUUUAAUAUGCCAGAGUUGCACUGCCCUCUCUCCUAUUGUUUAACGCGAUUUCUCAAUUAAUUACAACUGUUAAAUAUACUCGAGGUUGUAAUGGAUAUCGAAAAAAAUCGAUCUGUGAAGUUGACAGAAAUAAGUGAGUGAAUCAGUCCAUGACCUUUGAGAUAAUAAAUUCUUGUGUACAGGAGUAUUGUAAAAUAUUUAAAAAAAAAGACUUCAGAGACGAUUUCGGGGCGGUGCCCAAAUGAAAAGAAAAUUGUUCCUAUGUGAUAUACUGCCUUAAUUAUUGUUAUCAGACGAAUUUGUAGAAAGAUAAAACAAUGAACUCUACAAGUUGUUUAUUAUAAUAUAAUUCUUUACGUUGUUUCGUCAAGAAGUCCUAUUCUUUAUUUAUGUCGUAUUCAGCUCCACUGCUUCCAUUGGUGAUUACUAGGCUUUUUCCGUUUAUCACAAUGGAUUGUCUUUCAAUGAACUGAUCAACAACUCGAUGUGAGUUUUACAUGAUGUGAAGCUUUAUUGAAUAUUUCAAUUUGUGUAUUACUAUUGUUAGUCAUAAUAAAAAAAUGACAAAAUUUUAAGCCCAUGUUUCCUGAAUUUUAUUUCUAUUUAUUAGCCCCAAUUUUUCACCAGCAAAGGGUCGGUAGCUCGUAAAAGUGGAGUUUGGAUUUUUUUGUUUUGUUUUUAUUACUCUUUAGAUAUAACAUUUGGAUAACAACUAAGUGAGUGUUUAUGAUUAUAUGAUACAUAUUGUACAAAACAACAUCCCUUCAGUUUAUAGAUUUUUACCAUAUAUUGAAUUAUGAUUUAAAUGGUCUUAGAAUUAAUAAGAUUUAUCGCGUUUGUUACUAUAAUCCCGCAAAGAUAAAGAAAGAACACCAGACAAAGAUCGACGUGAAUUUGUCUAAUGUCUGGCCUAUGUAAAAAAUUUGUGUGCAGCUGUUGCCUCUUCAUUAUCUACGAACGUAGAUUUAACUUUUAAUUGGCUCCGAAGUAUCAUAUAUUUCCAUUUAUGGAGUCCUACUUCACCAGUGAUUUUAAUUCAGGCUAAUUCUGGAAAUAUGUAAAUCUAGUUCAACUAUACGGUGGAAAUGUAGGAACUGAUUCACUUAUAACGUAUAGUUAUCACUUAUUCAUCCACACGUGAUACAAAUCUAAAUGAAGUUUGCAUAUCGUUAUCGCUGGCAAGGUUCGAAUAUAAGUACCAUUUCUCAUUGGAAAUUGAAAUUAGAAAGUGCGAAAAAUAAAAUAA